UGAAUUAAUAAAAAUUCUACUCCAAAAAAUUCUGAUUUUUCGAAUGAAAAACACAAACUAUAUGAAUAAAAUGCAAAUUUAACAAAUAAAACAAAAAGCAGCGUAUGCAGCAAUAAACAACAGUAACAACAAAUAAUUAUACACAAUAAUUUGACAACAAGAAAACUGCAACAGCAGAAGGAAGCAGCAGCAGUUGUACGAAAAAGAAAAACACACACAUACAAUGGGACUUGACUUCGAUGCGUUGGAAUAUUGCAAAAGUGUGAAAGUAAAACAAUCACAACCGCCAUACGCGUGUCCCGUACCAAAAUGUGAUCGUAGCUACAAGUCGGUAAUUGGUCUGCAAUACCAUUUGCUCAACUAUGAUCAUGACAAUCCACAGCCACUGACACCGGUUAUCACGCCAAACCGCAAGAAAGCCCGUCCGCGUGGUGGUACACAUUCGACACCAAAAGGUGGUGCUGGAGCUGGUGGAACAGGUGCAGGUGAUGAUGAACAGAACGGCAGUAAAGGAUGUAAUAAUCGCAAUAUAACAAAUCCUGAAUCCUUAGUCUCGUACAAUGAUGAAGAGCAAACAGUGACGUUUAAUAUAGAGGGAAAAAGUGUACGUUUAGGUAUAAAUGAUCCGUUGCCGUUUAUUGAGGAGGAAGAAUAUGUUGAAUUAGUGGAAAGGGGCUGCAUAGUAAAUGCUGAUGCUCCGCCGUUAGAAGAGAAUGCGCCAUGGGCAAAAGUUAAAGUGCCAGAGGCUCGGUUUCAAGAAAUUCCAGAUUACAAUGUACCAGAUGCACCACCUAGACCCUUAGCCUACUAUCGUUUCAUUGAAAAGUCGGCCGAAGAGCUUGAUGGUGAGAUCGAAUAUGAUGUCGAUGAAGAGGAUUCCGCCUGGCUUGAGUGGAUGAACGAGGAACGUGAAAAAACCGGUCAUAAUGCUGUUAAUAUCGAUACAAUGGAACUGUUAAUGGAUCGUUUAGAAAAGGAAUCAUAUUUUCAAGCUGCCGCCAACGGUACAGCUACUGGAAAUGAGGUUGACGACGAUGCCGUUUGCUGUAUUUGUAUGGAUGGUGAAUGUCAAAAUACAAAUGUAAUUUUAUUUUGCGAUAUGUGUAAUUUGGCCGUACAUCAAGAUUGUUAUGGUGUCCCCUACAUUCCCGAAGGACAAUGGCUGUGUCGGCGUUGUUUACAAUCGCCAAGUACGCCGGUGAAUUGUGUGCUUUGUCCCAAUACGGGUGGAGCAUUCAAACAAACAGAUAGGGGUCAGUGGGCACAUGUUGUGUGUGCCCUAUGGAUACCUGAAGUUCGUUUUGCCAAUACGGUAUUUUUGGAACCAAUAGAUUCCAUUGAAACCAUACCUCCUGCUCGCUGGCGUCUAACGUGUUACGUUUGCAAAGAGAAAGGUUUGGGCGCAUGCAUUCAAUGUCAUCGCAACAGUUGUUACGCGGCUUUUCAUGUAACCUGUGCACAGCAGGCUGGCCUUUACAUGACCAUGGAUGUAAACGAAAAUGCUGCUCAUAAUGACUCUUCUGCGCAUGUUCAAAAGUAUGCAUUCUGUCAUGCGCAUACUCCUGAUCACGCCAAGUCGAAAUUGAAUCUUAAAGAUUUCGAAGAUGCUCGUCAUAAAAUGAAAGAGGCACGUAAGGCGUUGGCGAAAAAGCGUUCAUCGGCACCAGUGGUUCUUAUACCGACUAUACCGCCCGACCGUAUACAAGAAAUAGCAAGUAUGGUACACAUGCAAAAGAAAAAAGAAUUUCUAGACCGACUCGUCGCCUACUGGACGAUGAAACGUAAAUAUCGAAAUGGUGUGCCGCUCUUGCGACGACUGCAGUCGCAAGGAAAUCACCAUGGUGUAAUACAGCGUAAUGGCAUAGAGGGAAGCCCCGAUACUUCGGAAUUAUAUCGCCAAUUGAAAUAUUGGCAAUGCUUGAGACAAGAUUUGGAAAGGGCUCGUUUACUGUGUGAGUUGGUUAGGAAAAGAGAAAAACUUAAAGCGGCGUAUGUGAAAAUAUGCGAACAAGUGGUUAUGUUAGAAGUAAAUCCAUUAGAGGCAGUUCUUACCAAGCUCUUAGAUGCUUUAGAAGCUCGUGAUACCUCAGAAAUAUUCCGAGAACCUGUAAAUACUAGUGAAGUACCCGACUAUUUAGAUAUUGUUAGUCAUCCAAUGGAUUUGGGUACAAUGAGAGCGAAACUUAAAACCUACACACACCUCGACCAACUGCAAACCGAUUUUGAUCUUAUGAUACAGAACUGUUUGGCCUAUAACAACAAGGAUACGGUUUUCUAUCGAGCUGGUAUACGAAUGCGUGACCAAGCCAAUCCAUUGUUUCAACAAGCCCGAGAGGCUCUGGCCCGUGAAGGUCUCUUAGAUACGAGUCAAACGGACUCGACGGACCAUGUCGAAAAAGAAAUUGAAGAUGAAUUGCAUCAACUAUUGGCAGCCACGCCAUGUGAGGCUAUUGUACAAAAACUCCUUAUACUGGCAGAUAAAUCUCAGGUUUUAAAGAAUCCCACGUAUCGCACAAAGAAAAUCAAGCAAAUCCGUUUAGAGAUCUCGCGCAUGCGUAAGGCAAUACAAAAAGCAAGAAUGCAAGCUCGCCACAAUGUCAGCGUGGGAGCCAACUCACAAACAGAAGAAGAUGAAGAAAUGGAGGAAAAUCAUAAUGUAGAAGAUAUGGAUGUCGAUAUACCAACGCCCCCCGUUAAAUCUCAUACUAUCAAUCUUCUGCAGCAACAAGAUAAGUUUGUACAAUCAACACCAAAACGCAGUCGAAAAACCGCUCGAAAUCCGCCUCGUUCUCGUCAACAACAUCAUCCUACGCGUCAGAAUCAUCAUAAUCUCAGCGAAGAUGACGAUGACGACGAUGACAGUCUUCACAAUCAGGCAAACGGCAGCGAAGAUGAAGAAGAUGGUGAUGAUACAAUGGGCGAGGAGUCAAAAGGCGCUAGUAAUAAUACAACACAAACACCACCUUGUAGUCCAGUUAAAAGUCUAAAUAGCAGCGCAUCACCUGUGGGCGUCAAUAGAAGAACUGCGGUGCUGUUUACACGUAAAGCGCAGGCCGCACUUAAACGACCCACAGAGACGACAACGACCACUACGACUACAACUCCCGUUAAGGAGGAAAUUCAUAACUCUGCCAUAUCAACGCCAGUCUCGACAAUGGGUUCUCUCAUAACAUCUGCUAACAAUGCUGCGGCAUCUGCCGUAGCUCCAGCUUCUCUUGUCUCCUCAGCCUUAUCGUUAAGCAAUAAACUAAGUGGUGGCCUUAAUCAACUGACGCCGCUGUCGGCCAGCAUUAAUCAGGUUUCUGCAACCCUGUCAUCAGGAAAAUCACCGAAGCGUAAUGCACGUCAUAAAAGAUUAAACGAAAUGCGCAAUAGUUCUUCAAUGUCACCGAAAAAGUCUCCAAAUCGGACAGGUGCGCCACCCGGAUCUGUUACUGGUCUAUUGGGAUCGACAACAGUAACAAACACUGCAACUUCGUCAAUUUUAGGAGCAGCACAACAAUCAACAUUGCUACCAUCAGCAUCAGCGCCGCCAACAAUAACACCUUUAACGCCUGCAACUAACUUAAGUAGUUAUCAACAUAUUCCUGAUAAAUUUCGAGUUUAUCGUACGAACAAUGAGCGUGAUGUUAGCGAAAGUGAUGAUGAUGACAUGAGUGAUAUCUCUGGUAGUCCAUGUAGUAGUUGUUCUGGUUUUAGUGUAAGUGGCAGUGGUUCAGAUUACGACUCAAGUGACGACGACGAUGACGAAGAAGAUGAAGAUGACGACGAUGAAAAGAGCGAGCCAGAGGUGGAAGAAAAUAAUACCCGUGACAGACCAGACAUUGAAAUGAAUGAUAGUACUACAAUAGGAGCUGAUGAUCAAGCCAACAAUGGCCAAGCCAUGAGUUGUAGCGGUGAUAGUGAUGUAGGAAAUGUUGAUGCUGAUUCCGAUACUCAAACACGAAGCAUUACCCGGCGAACACCCACACCUUUAGAUAAACGAGCACGUAAUACAAUACGUUCGAAACAAAGGCGGAGAUUAGCAUCAGCCCAGCCCAAUGCAGACUCAACGCUUGCUCACAAUACCUCUCCUGCUGUUACAAUGGCUGCUAAGACGGCAACACGUUCGUCCAUUAAACAACGAAACGCUACACCCACACCAAAUAAUGUAAAUAAUACAAAGACACGUAAAAGUCAUAGUGUAGCUUCGGCGGAGGCGGCCGCUUCAGCUGUUUCAGCUAACAGUAAUGGUAAAACGAAAGUGAACAAUACAAAUAAUGAGUCCCCCGACUCAAAUAGUACGACACAGCAUUUGAUAAAACCUCCCCUUGAGCCGUUACAGCUGGUCUGGGCAAAAUGUCGCGGCUAUCCUUGGUAUCCAGCCUUGAUAUUAGAUCCAAAAACCCCUAAGGGGUUUGUUUAUAAUGGCGUGCCAUUACCUGCUCCUCCUACCGAUGUUUUAGCUUUGCGCAAAAACUAUCCUCACGAUAUGGAGGUAUUUUUAGUUUUAUUUUUCGAUGCCAAACGAACUUGGCAAUGGUUACCCGCCGUCAAACUUGAGAUACUAGGCAUUGACAAGGAAUUGGAUCAACAGAAACUCGUUGAAUCCCGUAAACCCACAGAACGUAAAGCUGUUAAGAAAGCCUAUCAGCAUGCUUUACAUUAUCAAAGUCAAGUUUCCGAUUUAGAAGGUCAAGGACCGGAUCCGAUUAUGUGAAAGUUAAAUUGUUUAAAAAUGGUGGCAGAAACGGAAUAAGCAACACUUACACAGACACACACACACCCACAAAUAUAAAGAAAAACACAUAUGCCUCAUUUUUUUCUAUUUUACCGCUGUGCUCUUUUUAUUAAUUAUUAUUAUAUUAUUGAUUUAUUAUAAAUAUAUACAUACCCACACACAUAUAGAUUCAUUAUUAUACAUAUACUAUAUAUAAUAAUGAUGAUUAUUAUGAUGAUGAUAUACAUAGUUGAUGUAAUUUUCCCAUUUAUUUUUAAUAUUUCUUAAUUUGUUUUCUUAAAUUCUAUUCUAUUCUCUUCAAUAACUAUUAUAUAUUUAGUUGAUUUCUCCUAGAAUUAAAACAAACCUAUAAAUAAGCUCUCAUUUAGUUUUUUAUUUAAUAAAUGUAAAAUAUAAAGU